AUGGCGACGGCCAAUGGCUACAGCACAGGCAGCCCCCUCCCCAACUCCCAAAUCCAAGCUAUGCAAUCAGUUGUCCCGCUGAAGGUGACUAAGCCAAGGCUCACUCGCCGAGUCAAGGCCGCAGGUUCCGCCUCCGCCGCUGGGCUCCGGCGGUGCCUCCACAUCGUCCUGUACUACAGGAAGGCGUCCGGAGAGGACUCCGGCUGGCUUCUGGCGGGAUGGAUGAAAGAGUCUCUCGGAAGGGCGUUGGAGGAGCAGCCCAUGCUCGCCGGCCGGCUCCGACGAGGGGAGAACGUGGGCCCUGGCAAUGAGCUGGAGAUUGUGACAAACGACAACGGCGCGAGAUUGUUCGAGGCUCGGAUAUCGAAAACCUUGGACGAGUUUUUGGAUUUGGAGGGCAGAGAGAGUGCAGAGGCGGAGCUUGUUUCCUGGCACGACAUUGAUGACCAAAAUCCUCAGUUUUCUCCGCUGUUCUAUGUCCAGGUGACAAAUUUCUCGUGCGGAGGGUACUCCGUGGGAAUUAGCAGCAGCCUUCUCCUAUCAAGCCCUUUGGCCAUCAUAAGCUUCCUAAAAAAAUGGGCCAAGAUCCACCACACCAUAACCUUUGCAAGUCAUGGGGUCCAGCCCAUCUUCUUCUUCCCUACUUUCAAGUCAAAUCUCUCUGUUUCCGACGUUCAGAACGGCUCAAACAAGAUAAAAACACAUGGACGAACUCUGAUUUUCAGAACAGCUAAUGAAAAAUUGAACUCCAAUGGUAGAGGGGACAAGGCACUAGUCUCGCAAUGCGUUGAAGAGGCAGAGAUUCUGCUGGGUAAGAAAGUAGCUUCUGAGUUUUUGCUCGUGAAAGAGCUCCCUGUGGAGGUAAGAGUUGAGAAUUUUACAAAAGGGCUUUUGGAGAAGCCGGAAAGCUCUUAUGGAAUAAGCCGUGUCAGCUGGGAUGAGUUAGGGGCCAGAGAAGUGGCUUUUAACGAAGGGAAUAAGCCAGUUCAGGUUUCUUGCUGGAUUAACAGUGUCUUAGGAGAGGGACUUGUGAUGGUAAUUCCAUCAUCUGAUGAAGAUAUUUCUCCGACAAAUGUUAUUGUCUCUGUCCCUGAUGGGAUCGAAAUGUAA